AUGGGCAAGUGGUACGUGGUGGAGGUGCUGGAGCACAAAGUCGACCCGUCGAAGCCCACCGGCGGCGGAUUGAUCAUCAUCGAUUCUUGCCCGAUCGUGAACCUGAGGGGUGUCGAGAACUCGUCCAAGUUCUUCUCGUCGUUGAGGCUGUUGUGGACCGAGCACGUCGGCAAUCUCGAGUACACCUUCCGGAUACCGGAUAUCUCCAGGAAGCCGGGAUUCUGGGUCUCCACUUCUUUGCAAAAUGGUACGCUGGUAGAGAGACAGUACAACCAGUUCGCCGGCAACGUGCACGUAAUGAAGGCCGUGGCCUCGGACAUGGUGCUGACUUUCUGCUCCCGGAGCCCGGACAAUCAGCUGUACUCGUUGCUGCUCUCGCGAGAGCACAUCCUGCAGAAAAACGACAAACGAGGCGUUCACAAUCUGCUAAUUCGCCGUGGCCUGAAGAUCAUCAACAUUCGGGAGACCUGCAUGAACAACGCCGCCUGGAGAAGAGGAUCGUUCGAUCCGGUUGGCUGGCUGGUUCUAAUAGGAAUGUUGUCCAGCUUCCUCUCUCUUGGCUCUUGGUAG